UCCUGAUCGCUUUCUUUUUCGCGUAGAUGAAGUUAUCGUAAGCGUGGCUAAUCAAGGCACUAAAAGAAAAAUGAGCAGCUCCGAGGAAGUGUCUUGGAUUUCGUGGUUUUGCGGCCUUAGAGGAAACGAAUUCUUUUGCGAGGUGGACGAAGACUACAUACAAGACAAAUUCAAUUUAACGGGGCUCAAUGAACAAGUUCCUCAUUAUAGACAAGCUUUGGAUAUGAUAUUAGAUCUAGAACCCGAUGAUGAACUAGACGAUAAUCCCAACCAAUCGGAUCUCAUAGAACAAGCAGCAGAAAUGCUCUACGGCUUGAUUCACGCUAGAUACAUCCUCACAAAUCGUGGUAUCGCCCAAAUGAUAGAAAAAUACCAAGUAGGAGAUUUUGGAUUUUGUCCGAGAGUUUAUUGCGAGUCUCAGCACAUGUUACCAUUGGGUUUGUCAGAUGUGCCUGGUGAGGCCAUGGUCAAGUGUUACUGCCCAAAAUGCAUGGAUGUUUACACCCCAAAGUCUUCAAGGCACCAUCACACUGAUGGGGCUUAUUUUGGCACUGGGUUUCCCCAUAUGCUUUUCAUGGUUCAUCCCGAAUACAGACCAAAACGCCCUACCAACCAAUUUGUUCCUAGAUUAUUUGGUUUUAAAAUCCAUCCACUAGCUUAUCAGCUCCAGCAGCAAGCAGCUUCAACAUUUAAAAUACCUCUAAGGACUUUAAAUUUGAACAACGGAAAGCGCUAGAGUUUUUAGUAUUAAUUUAUGACAAACAAAAAAAAAAUUAAUUUGAAAAAUGUCUUGUAAUUUAAAAUAAAUAUAACAGGAAAAAUUAAAUAAAACUUGGUUAGUUUUUGAUGGAGUUUCUACAAGUAUUUGUAAUUAAUAUGUAUUAAGUUUCAUAAUUAUAAGUUAUUUCAAUUAUAAUAAAAAUUUCAUUCCACAUUAUCAAUUUGGAAAGUGUACAGUUCUUGGCGUAGGGAUGGUGAAGAAUGGAACAUUUAAUUUUAAUGGAAUUAUUGUUAUUCAAUUUAACAACAUGAAUGAAUGACUGCUGAUUGACAUUAUAUUUUUACUUUUAAAAAUGGGUAAAUUUUAACACCAAAUCAUUUUCUCCCCUUAGGUUAAAUAUUUAUGUUAAAACUCUAUGGUUUAACAAAUUAUUUGUAUAUGUUAGAAAGAAUAAAAUAUUUCAAAUAAAUUGAUUUCUU